ACACCCUUCGCUAGCUUGACACUAGUUGUGAUGUUAGCCUGUUUUCUUGGACACUCCUAGCGCUUAUCCCGCUGCCCUGGUAGUUGCCUUAAGGCUCCCCUCAGGAAAACCAUGGCCGAGCAGGCCUCGGUACCCCCUCCGACGUCCCAACAUGACGAGGUGCUCCAGCAGCGAGUGGCCGCUCUGGAGCAGGAGAGGGCCGAGUUCAUCAAACUCAAGCAGCAGCUGGAGGCCGAGUUCAACCAGAAGCGAGCCAAGUUCAAGGAGCUCUACAUGUCCAAGGAAGAGGAGCUGAAGAGGCAGAACGUGGUGCUGGAGGGCGCCCAGGUGGAGCUGAGCUCCGUCCUGGACCAGCUGUCUCAUGCCCGGAGCGAGAUGGAGACCAUCAAGACGGUCGCCACCUUGUCGGAAAACACCAAGCAGGAAGCCAUCGACCAGGUCCGCGGCCAGUGGCAGGAGGAGGUGGCCUCGCUGCAGGCCAUCAUGAAAGAAACCGUGAGCGAGUACGAGGUCCAGUUCCACCAGCGCCUGGAGCAGGAGCGAGCCCAGUGGAACCAGUACAGGGAGGCAGUGGAGAGGGAACUGGGCGAGCUGAGGCGCCGUCUCACCGAGGGCCAGGAGGAGGAGAACCUGGAGGACGCCAUGAAAAAAGCACAGGAGGAUGCGGAGAAGCUGCGUUCGGUGGUGAUGCCCAUGGAGCACGAGAUUGCGGCGCUGAAAGCCAGGCUGACGACGGCCGAGGACCGCGUGAGGGAGCUGGAGGCCUCCAAGGUGAAGGAGCUCAAUCACGUCCUGGAGGCUGAGAAGUCGUGUCGUACGGACCUGGAGAUGUACGUCGCCGUGCUGAACACCCAGAAGUCCGUCCUGCAGGAGGACGCAGAGAAACUACGGAAGGAGCUCCACGAGGUGUGCCACAAGCUGGAGCUGGAGCGGCAGCAGCACAACCAGCUGAAGCACACGUGGCGGAGGGCCAACGACCAGUUCCUCGAGUCCCAGCGGCUCCUCAUGAGGGACAUGCAGCGGAUAGAGAACGUGCUGUCCUCAGAGCAGCUCCGCCAGGUGGAGGAGAUGAAGAGGAAAGACCAGGAGGACGACGAGAAGGAGCGGCUGAUCCAAGUGAAGGAGCUGCAGGAGGAGGAGGGAGACCACACGGAGCCCCUGGAGGACUCGUUGGUGGGGCUGAGCGUGGAGGAGCCUCACGGCGACCACAGCGGCCACGGCUCCAUGCACUCCCUGGACACCGACGUGGUGGCGGGCGCCGACCCCUACAAGGACAACCUGCGCCGGGUCCAGUCCACCGACAGCCUCGGCUCCUCGCUCUCCGUCCAGCAGGGCCUCGGCGGCCACAACCACAAGGCCAAGUCGGCCGGGAACCUCGACGAGUCCGACUUCGGGCCCCUGGUGGGGGCCGACUGCGGCGCCGCGGCGGACGCCGGCUUCGGCGAGACCUCGUCCGUCGGCUCCAUCAAGCUGACGGCGAGCCACUUCCUGCUGACGAAGGACCAGGAGAAGGCCAUCAAGGCCAUGACGCCCGAGCAGGAGGAGACGGCGUCGCUGCUGUCCAGCAUCUCCCACGGCGCCGACACCGCCUUCCUGCCGCCGGGGGGCUACCGGCUCGUCAGCGACAGCGAGUGGAACCUCCUGCAGCAAGAGGUGAAAAACGCCGGCAGGAAGCUGGGCCGGCGGUGCGACAUGUGCUCCAACUACGAGAAGCAGCUGCAGGCCAUCCAGGGACAAGAGGCCGAGACGCGCGAUCAGGUGAAGAAACUGCAGGUGAUGCUCCGCCAGGCCAACGAUCAGCUGGAGAGGACGAUGACGGAGAAACAGAAUCUGGAGGAUUCGAUCAAUGCCGGAAACGAAGAAACGGCCGCCAAGGUGUCCUCCCUCAUGCAGAGAGUCCAGGAGUCCGAGAUGCUGCUCAGCACUCUGCAGCAGGCUUUUUGUGAAGCAAAGAGGAACACGCAGCAGCAGAUGGUGGUGCUGGUGAAGUCGAGGGAGCAGGUGGCGGACGAGCUGAGCCGCCUCCAGAGGGACAACGAGAGCCUGCAGGGGAAGCACCGGCUGCACGAGGAGCUGCAGCAGCAGGAGGGCUUCCACAUGCCCGACACCGUGCAGGAGCUGCAUGUUCUGGUGCUGCGGCUGCGCGACGGCCUGGUGGCGCUGCGGACCUCCGCCGACCACAUGGAGGAGAAGCUGAAGGCGGAGAUUCUGUUCCUGAAGGAGCAGAACCAGGCGGAGCAGUGCCUGAAGGAGAACCUGGAGGAGACCCUGCAGCUGGAGAUCGAGGGCUGCAAGGAGGAGAUAGACAUCUUGGAAGCGUCUUUCUCCAGUCUGAAGACGGAGCUGGAGCGGGUGAAGGCGGAGAAGGAAAAGAUGCAGAGCGUCCUGACGGAGAAGACCGAGACGCUGGAGAGCCUUCAGGGCCUGAGGAUCAGUCUGGAGCGCCAGCUGAGAGAGCUCGCCUCCACCAAGAGUGCGCUGGAGACUCAGGCCUUGGAGGAGAAAGACAAGGCUCAGCGGCUGCAGACGGAGCUGGACGUCAGCGAGCAGGUUCAGAAGGACUUUGUCAAACUCUCUCAGACCCUUCAGGUGCAGCUGGAGCGGAUUCGACAGGCCGAGUCGUUGGAUCGAAUCAAAGUCAUCCUCAAUGACACCAACCUGACGGACAUCAACCAGCUCCCGGAUACAUGAUUCCACCGAGCGGCCCUCCUUCCUUCUCUCAUCACUGGUCCCAAUAACAUUAUUGAUCCUCCUCCUCCUCCCCGAUACCCAAGACGGAGGAAGAGUCUGAAAAGACGAGGCCUUCUUUGUGCCCUUGAAGAGUUUUUGAAAGCCGCCGUGGAAAGAAUAAUGAAGAAGAACACUACUUUAAAAAAAAAAGAAAAGAAAAUGUAAAUAACUAAAGGAGGGAGUCGCCCCGUGUCUCGUUUCUACUGUAGAUAAUCGACUGUCUGUAUUAGCUCAACCAAAAAAAAAAAAAAAUGAAAGGGUUGUGGUCUUCUAAAGCACUUUCCCUCUGCAGCUUCUCUGUCCAGGUAAACAUAGAGAACCACUGGAUGCAUAACUCGAUGGCCUCCUCCUCCUCCUUCUGUCACCUCUCCUGUGACUUUGUUCUCGUCACGAUGAAGGAGAUUCGUAGGAAAAAAUAACCACUCACACAUCCCUUAACACAGAUAAAAAUACAAAUUGAGCAAUACUCUCCGUAUCUUAAACAUCUUCCACUGUAUCUUUGCUCUGUUCUUAAUGUCAGUUAUUUUAUUUUAGGUUUUAAGCUGCAGAAAUAGUGAAGAAACAUUCAUGUGUUGUUGCUAAGUUUUAUUUUCAGCCAUGUUUCUUGAUUGUUAAAGGUGUUGUUUGUAUGAGGUACUUCUACACAGUCGGUGUAUUUUACUACAGUAGAUGGUCUUUGGGAUUAUUUUAGACGCCUCAAAGAAUCCGCGUCAGUAUUUUCUCUCGCUGUGUUGAAACGGCUGGUGUUUCCUGUGAGGUAAAAGGACCUUUUUAUGAAGAUAUCCGCUUCAGUUCAUUGUUAGAGACUCUGACAACAAGGUAAUGAGGGGUGUAGCAGUUCCAAAUAAUGCUUGUGUGGUUUCUACUGUAGUAAUACACGCCUAAGGAAGUGUCAUCAAAACAUUAACACGGUCUCGUUAGCACACAAGUGCAUCUGCUAGAGAAGUUUAAAUGGACAAUAAUGGAUGUUAAUACCAACGCUGAUCCUUUUUAAUUGAUUUAUUUUUUAAGUUUCUUCAUGUCAUUUCAAAGCUCUUUGAGGUUUUUCUACUUAUUUUUUUUAGAUGCCAUCAAAGGAGCUCCGCAUCACACCACGUGGACCACAGGUAGUUCUCGUGCCCCAGACGGCUUUAUUUAAGGCCACUUUAAAGGAGCAAAAGUUUCCCUGUAAAACUAAGAAACCACCACCACCAUUUCAUUAAUUUGUAUCACAGUGUGUUAGAAAGACUUCAAUGAAACAGUUCUGGAACUUUACAAAACAAACAAUGGGACAUUUGACCCAACAACACCACAAAUGUUCUGGAGGAAGGCCUUCAAUUAUCUGACCAAAGGUUCUUUUCAACUGGAAAGAACUUAAAAGAACCAAUGCAUUAGUUCCCCCCCCCCGACACAAUAGAUUUUAAAGAAGUGUAGCCUCAAAGUGUGCGGAUAUCUCUCCUGUCAGUUUGAACUCUUUGAUGCUGACACACACACACAAAUCCCUAUUUAAAUGUGUUUUAAAAUGCAGAUUAGAAUAAAACAAUUUCCACAGUAUGCUUUUUAGAGGAAUCAUAUUCUACUGUUCAAAUUAUAAAACCAUUUCCCAGCAGCCACCAGCUCUCCUCGACUGGAGGAAAUGUUGAGUAAGCGGUUGAAUUGUUGCUCAAGAAUAGUCGUGGAAUGACAUGGUGGGAUGGAUCAAUGGAUCAAUGGUUUUACAUGAAUGAGAUAAACAUGCAAUCAGCAGCUUUGUUUGGGUUAAGGACGUGUCGAUCACUGUUGUUUUGGUGCAUGAUUUGCACAUGUCUAUAGUGUAGAUAUGUUGAGUUGAUAUUUAUGAAAGAUUCUGGCGAUGUGUUGUGGGAGGAUGUUGCACUGACAGAAUAACUGUUGUUUAAGCUUGUGGUUUUUUGUUGCUUGUAUGAAUGAAAAACUGACAACUGGGGAACUUAAAAGGAGAUUUUUGCGGUCUUAUUGCGUCACGGCUUUGGGUGCUUUUCUUUUUAUUUGUGACAUUAAGGUCCUUGUACCACGGUGACAUAUUUGACUCGAGGCUCACAUGGGCUGAAUAUGAAGAUUCCUGCACCCUCAUCAAAGAUUUUUUAAAGAAAAACAACGUUGAAUCCCAAACAUGAUCAGAGUCGACGUUGAAAAGGAGACGUUUGGUGUCUGUGUUGGAGUCUGAAGCUCUGAAAGCUCCCAAUGUGCAUAAAUAGAAAGUCACGACAAAUGAAACACACUCGCAGCUUUCAUAACAUGUCCAGUCAACAGUAAAGAUGUCCAACAUUAAAUAUAUUUAUUAAUCUGUCUGGUCUUGCAUCAUAGACCUUAGCACAUUUUUUAAUUGUUUGUAAUAAAUCCCAAUAUUAAACAUCUGACUAACAAAGAG